AUGGCUUCCUCAUCAAACAACAAUUUUUAUGAAAAUUCUCUUGAUGAUACUUUUGAUGAAUUUGACCAAACGAUUGAGAAUGUGUUUGAAACCGCGGUUGAUGCCGCUUUGGAGUAUCAAGCACCAACAAAAGCAAAGAAGAAACGUGCCUACAUUAAAAGACAACGUGAAAUAGGCGACCAACAGUUGUGGAACGACUACUUCCUUGACGAAUACCUACGCCUUGGAGAAACAACUGCACUUAGGUGUUUGGAAAAUUUUGUUGAAGGGAUCAUCAAUGUAUUCGGGGAAGAAUAUCUAAGAAGACCCACCCCAGAUGAUCUUCAAUGGUUACUUGAUGUUGGAGAAAACUGCGGAUUUCCAGGAAUGAUAGGAAGCAUUGAUUGUAUGCAUUGGGAGUGGAAAAUUUGUCCUACCGCAUGGAAAGGGCAAUACACACGCGGUUCAGGAAAACCAACAAUUGUGUUAGAAGCUGUAGCAUUAUAUGAUCUUUGGAUAUGGCACGCGUUUUUUGGACCUCCAGGUACAUUAAACGAUAUCAAUGUUCUAGACCGUUCACCUGUUUUCGAUGAUGUUUUACAAGGUCGAGCACCAAAAGUUUCAUACGGGGUCAACGGACGUCAAUACCGUUUGGCGUACUACCUCACAGACGGUAUUUAUCUAAAGUGGGCAGCUUUUGUCCAAUCAAUUCCAUCGCCACAAGGUGAGAAGGCCAAAGCAUUUGCGAAACGUCAAGAAUCCGUAAGAAAAGAUGUUGAACGAGCUUUUGGAGUGUUGCAAGUACGUUUUGCAAUUAUCAAAAACCCUGCUCUUUUUUGGGAUAAGGAGAAGAUUGGCAAGAUUAUGAGAGCAUGUAUCAUAUUACAUAAUAUGAUUGUUGAAAACGAAAGAAAUGGGUAUACUCAGUUCGACACAAAAAUUUUCGAGCAAGGGGAAGGAAGCGGUCGAUAG